AUGAUACAUACUAGAGCAAGAAUACGACCUAUACUACGGCAUUUCAGAAAAUACUCAACCACUAACAACAUCACCAACAAUUUUCACCAAUUAAUUGCAAAUCAAGAGUUUGAAGAAAGUAUAAAGACAAAAUCAAUAGCACAUAUUUAUUCAUACGUUAUUGAAAACCAUUCAUACCUAAAUCAAGAAUCACUUAUAGCAUUCACCUACAACUUACUCCAACAAAAUAUUCAAGCAGCAAUAUCAAUUCAACAUAUUUUACUACAAAAUCCCAAUUAUCAAAUUCCCAAUGAAAUAUGGUCAAUUAUUAUUAACAAGGUAUUAUUAGAAAAUUACUAUAUUGGAGCAAUGUUUAUAUAUCAUGAAUUAAUAGAUAAUGUUAAGUUCUACGAGGAACUUUCAUAUGGAGUUCAAGAUAAUGAUCAAAUACCUUUUUUAGUUGAUUGUAAUACUUUAAUUGCGCUAGGUAUAAUUUUCAAAAACAAUAAAGAUUCCAAAAGAAUAGAAGGUCUAAUGAGGUAUUUUCGUCGAUUUUAUUCAUUUUUACACCAUUUAGAUACAUAUAGAUCAUUAUUAGUCUUAGAAGUUGAAACAUACUCCCUAGCACAAGAUUUAGAAAACUCAUUAAGAUCAUUCAAAAACUUAUCAUACGCUUCAAACACUUCUGAAAAAAAUAAUCCAAGUUUAUUAAGAUUUGAAAAUCGUAAAUUCAAUAAGUUUAUAAAUGAAAAUAUUAAGUCAAAUAAGUAUAAAAUUCCUGAAAUUAUAGAAUCAUCAACUGAACAACUCGAUAUUCAUCAAUUUUUAUUAAGUAAGAUAUGUGAAACUGAAUUAUAUAAUCCAAUUAUUCAAAGAAAUAUAUAUACUACAUAUACUACAAAACCAAUAAGGAUAAACCCUAUUUUGAAAAAAUCAAUAUUAUUAAAAGAUUUACCUAAUUUUGAAAAUCUAAUUUACAAUUAUAUUCAAAAAGAAGAAAUAUUCUCAGUUAAUCAAUUAAUUACAUUUACUAAACUAAAUCAUUUUUAUUUAAAUUUAUUUAUUAUAUCAUCAUUAUGUAAAUUAAAUAAACAUGAAUUGGCAUUUAAUUACCUAAAAAAUUUAUCAAAUAUUGGGAAAAGAAUUAUUACAAAUCAAAGCUUUUUUAUAAUACUACAAUCAUUAAAGGAUAAUAAAGAAAAAAUCACUUUGAAAGAAGAUAUACUUAAAUUUUAUACUCAACAUAACAAUGGUCAUAUUAAUGACAAAAUUUCUGCAUUUAGGUAA